GGUACCAGCCGUGCCCCCCGGAGCAGCUCCGUGCCCAGGUGGCAGCCCUGGAGCUGCGUUACCGGGACCUGUCGGCGCUGUCGGGGCAGCGGCGGCUCCGCCUGGAGCGAUCCCGGCGCCUCUGGAAGUUCCUGUGGGACGCGGGCGAGGAGGAGGCCUGGCUGCGGGAGCAGGAGCGGCUGCUGCGCUGCCCCGAGCUGGGCCGGGACCUGCCGGGGGCCCUGCGGAUGCUCAGCCAGCUCGAGGCCAUCCGGGGGGCCCUGGGGGGCCGGGCGGCCCCGCUGGAGCGGCUGCUGGAGCGGGGCCGGGAGCUGCUGGAGCUCGGGGACGCGGAGGAGGCCGCGGGAGCCGCGGGUGGAGCCGUGGGAUCCGGGGGAACCGUGGAAUCCACUGCUGGGGUGAUGGGACCCGCCACGGGAUCGAUGGGGUCCGCUGCUGGAGCAGCAGGGAGUGUGGAAAUCACCUCUGGAUCCGUGGGAUCCGCUGCUGGAGCAGCAGGGAGUGUGGAAAUCACCCCUGGAUCUGUGGGAUCUGCUCCUGGAGCAGCAGGGAGCGUGGAAAUCAUGGAACUCACCCCUGGAUCUGUGGGAUCCACCACUGGAGCAGGAGGGAGUGUGGAAAUCACCCCUGGAUCCGUGGGAUCUGCUCCUGGAGCAGCAGGGAGUGUGGAAAUCACCCCUGGAUCUGGGGGAUCCACCACUGGAGCAGGAGGGAGCGUGGAACCCCUGGAACUCACCCCUGGACCCGUGGGAUCUGCUGCUGGAGCAGGAGGGAGCGUGGAACUCACCCCUGGAUCCGUGGGAUCUGCUGCUGGAGCAGGAGGGAGCGUGGAACCCGUGGAACUCACCCCUGGACCCGUGGGACCCCCCUCCAGAGCCGCGGCAGCCGAGGCCGCGUCCGUGGAAGCCGCCGGCGGCUCCGGGGCCCCCCCCGAGCCGGUGCCGUCGGUGUCGCGGCGGCUCCGGGCGCUGCGGGCGCUCUGGUCGGCGCUGCCGGCGCUGGCCCGGGAGCGGGAGCGGCGGCUCCGGGCGGCCGUGGGGCGCUUCCAGGUGGCCUCGGAGGCGGCCGAGGCCGAGGCCUGGCUGGCGGCCGCGUGCCGGCGCCUGGCGGGGCCGGAGAAGGACGACGCCGACGACGACGAGCGCUCCGCCGGGGUCCUGGAGCGGCGCCUGCGGGAGCUGCAGGACGAGCUGCGGCGCCGCGGGACGGCCCUGGCGGGGCUGCGGGAGCAGGCGGGGCCCGGCGAGCCCGGCGAGCCCGACGUGGUGCCGGGGCUGCCGGCGCGGCUGGAGGAGCUGGAGCGGCGGCACCGGGAGCUGGAGGCGCGGGCGGAGGCGCGGCGGACGGAGCUGCGGGACCUGCUGGCCCUGCUGGCGGCGCGGGGCGAGGCCGACGCCUGCGCCCUCUGGGUGGGCGAGAGGGAGCAGUGGCUGCUCUCCAUGGAGAUUCCCGAGCGGAUCGAGGACCUGGAGGUGGUGCAGCAGCGGUUCGAGACGCUGGAGCCGGAGUUGGCGGCCUUGGGCGCCCGAGUCGCCGCCGUCGGUCGCGCGGCCGAGGAGCUCCAGGGAUCCGGGGAACGGACCCGGGAGAGAGCCCGGGACACCUGGGAACAGCUCCGGGACAGGUGGGAGCGGUUCCGAGCCCUGGCCGAGCGGAAGAAGGCGGCGCUGACCUCGGCCCUGGACAUCCAGAACUUCCGCCUGGAGUGCGACGAGACGCGGGGCUGGAUGCGGGAGAAGGCGGCGGCGAUCGAGGCCACGCGGGCGCCGGGCCGGGACCUGGCGGGGCUGGCGGCGCUGCAGCGGCGGCUCUCGGGGCUGGGCCGCGACCUGGAGGCCAUCGAGGGCAAGCAGCGGGAGCUGCGGGCGCAGGGGGAGCGGCUGGCGCGGGAGCAGCCGGAGCGCGGCCCCGAGGCGCGGGAGCGGCUCGAGGCGCUCGAGGCCGAGUGGGCCGCGCUGAGCCGGUGCCUGCGGGGCCGCCGGGACGCGCUGGGGCAGGCGCGGAGGCUCCAGGCCUUCCUGCGGGACCUGGCGGCGCUGCGGGCCUGGCUGGCGCGGGCGCGGGCGGCCGCCGGCUCCGAGGACGUGCCGGCGUCGCUGGCCGAGGCCGAGGGCUCCCUGCGGCGCCACGAGAGCCUCCGCACCGAGAUCGCCCAGUACGGCGCCGAUUACCGGAGCGCCCGCGCCGCCGGCCGGGAGCUGAGCCAGGGCCGGAGCGACCCCCAGGGCCUGUCCCUGCUCCAGCGCCUGGACGCGCUGGACGCCGACUGGGAGGAGCUGGGCCGGAGCUGGGAGAGGCGGCAGCAGCUCCUGGCCCGCGCCCUGGCCGUCCACGUGUUCCUGCGGGACGCCAAGCAGGUGGAGGGGACGCUCGGGAAGCAGGAGCACGCUCUGGCGCUGACGGAGCUGCCGUGUUCGGUGCCGGGGGCCGAGGCGGCCGUGCGGCGCCUGGAGGAGGUGUUGGUGGCCAUGGAGGCCGGGGCCGAGCGGGUCCGGGCCCUCUCCGACACCGGCCGGAGGCUCCUGGCCGAGGGCGGCGUCCACGCGGAAAAGGUGCGGGAGACGGUGGAGUCGGUGGAGAGCAGGCACCAGAAGAACCGGGAAUCGGCCCAGGAGCUGCUGGGGCGGCUGCGGGAUAACUGGGAGCUGCAGAAGUUCCUGCAGGACGCGCAGGAGCUGACGCUGUGGCUCAACGAGAAGCUGCCGGUGGCUCGGGACGUGUCCUACGAGGGCGCGCGGGACCUGCAGGGCAAGUGGCAGAAGCACCAGGCGUUCGUGGCCGAGCUGGCGGCCAACCGGGGCUGGCUGGAGGCCCUGGAGAAGGACGGGCAGCAGCUGGCGGGGUCCCGUCCCUCGCUGUCGGGGCAGGUGACGGGUCCCCUGGGUGCCCUGCGGGCGCUGUGGGCGCGGGUGGAGGCCAUGGACGGGCAGCAGCUGGCGGGGUCCCGUCCGUCGCUGUCGGGGCAGGUGACGGGUCCCCUGGGUGCCCUGUGGGCAGUGUGGGACGGGCAGCAGCUGGCGGGGUCCCGUCCCUCACUGUUGGGGCAGGACGGGCAGCAGCUGGUGGGGUCCCGUCCGUCCCUGUUGGGGCAGGACGGGCAGCAGCUGGCGGGGUCCCGUCCGUCCCUGUCCGGGCAGGUGACAGGUCCCCUGGGUGCCCUGCGGGCGCUGUGGGCACGAGUGGAGGCCAUGGUGCCCUCUGUCCCUGACGGGCAGCAGCUGGCAGGGUCCCGUCCCUCGCUGUCCGGGCAGGACGGGCAGCAGCUGGCAGGGUCCCGUCCGUCCCUGUCCGGGCAGGUGACGGGUCCCCUGGGUGCCCUGCGGGCGCUGUGGGCGCGGGUGGAGGCGGCGGCCGGGGCCAAGGGCCGGGGGCUGGCGGAGGCCGCGCGGGCCGAGGGCUGUGCCCAGGCCUGUGCCGGGCUCCGCUCGUGGCUCGCGGGGGUCCGGGCCCAGCUCCGCUCCGGCCACUGCGGCCACGACCUGACCAGCGUGGGGGUCCUGCUCACCCGGCCCCAGACGCUGCAGAAGGAGCUGCAGGGCCGCGAGCGCCGCGUGGCCGAGCUGCUGGAGCGGGUGGUCCCGGAGGUGCCGGGGGUGCCGGGGGUCGCCGAGGGGGGCCCCGGGGGGGUCCCGGCCCUGCGCGAGGCCUGGCGGGAGCUGCGGGCGGAGGUGACGCGGCGGCAGCGGCGCCUCGAGGCCGCCUUGGCCGCCCAGCGAUUCCUGGGGGACGCGGCGGCCGCCGAGGCCUGGCUGGGCGAGAGGGAGCUGCACAUGCUGGCCCAGGACAAGGCCAAGGACGAGCCGGGCGCCCAGGCCAUGCUGAGCCGGCACCUGGGGCUGGAGCAGGAGCUGCGCGACUACGGCCGGACCGUGGAGCUGCUGCUGCAGCAGGGCCGGGACAUGGCGGCCUCGGGGCACCCCGACAGUGACCGGCUCCGUGCCCGGGCGGCCCAAGUGCAGCGCCUGUACGCGGGGCUGUGCCAGCUGGCCGGGGAGCGCCGGGCGGCCCUGCAGGGCCACCACCGGCUGUGCCAACUGCGCCGGGACAUGGACGACCUGGAGCAGUGGAUCGCUGAGAGGGAGGUGGUGGCGGCGUCCCGGGAGCUGGGCCAGGACUACGAGCACGUCACGCAUAUCCCGUACCUGUCCCAGGUGUCCCAGGUGCAGGAGGCCGCGGGCCGUCUGGCGGCCGCCUACGCGGGCCCGCGCGCGGAGGAGCUGCGGGCGCAGGAGCGUUUGGUGAGCGCGGCCUGGGCCGAGCUCCGCGGGCGCUGCCAGCGCCGCCGCCGCCUCCUCGGGGACACCGUGGAGCAGUUCCGGUUCCUCCGCGCCGCCCGCGACCUCCGGCUCUGGAUGGACGGGAUGAACCUGCAGCUCGAGGCACGGGAGCGCCCCAGGGAUGUCACGGCGGCCGAGCUGCUCAUCCAGCA